AUGUCAGUAAACUCAACCAAGGUUUUUGAAGAUAAUUCUUUUUUGCCAGUUGUUUAUGAAGCCAACUUUACCGUUGCCUUAGAAAUUUUUGAAGAGUUUGAAGCUUGGCUACAGGAAUACCUUAGCACCACUUUAAAUACCAAACCUGGUUUUCGUGACGCUGAAGUGUUUCAACGUGACCCACGAAAUGACGGUGGAGACCCUGAAGUUAAGAAUCCCGAUCGAGUUCAUAAAUAUAUUACAGUGCUUUUUGAAAUAGACAAUAAAGAGAGUAUUGAUCGUUAUUUAAACGAAGAGUCUACUAAAAUCAAAGAAGCGUUGGAAGCCAAAUUUAGCGCAAAGGGUUCGUUGGUGAUUACUUCACAUCGUAUUUUAUACCCUGUUUCGCUGUGGGCUAAAAGAAAAAGCCUAGAAAAAUCGGUUUGA